CCAAACGCUAGAGGUGCGUUCCGGUGAGACGUUUCCAUGUGCACCAAGCCACCAUCGACACCGCCAUCCGCAUUCCCUCCGGUGGUGACGCAGCACACGAGCCAACCAUCGCCCCACUGAGCGAAGCGAAAGAUCGCUAACUGAAGCACACUACAUAUCACAGGGUGAUGCUGCGGCGAUGACGUCCUCUGGUCACCCCCGUCGCCGCCUCGUCCGUGGCUUUGCUGGUUUCUUCUCCUACUCUCUCUUCCUCGUCUCCGUCUCCUCCCUCCUCUGCCCCUCCGACGCCCUCGUACACCUCCGCUCCAAGCCAUUCUCCUUCACCUUCAUCGACGCGCCCGCCCGCUUCGCUGUUCCGGUCGAUGGACUGGGGAUCUGCGGAUCGCUGCACGCCGCCGAGCCCCUUGAUGCGUGCUCUGUUCUCAGGACUAACUGGACUGCCGUAGGCGACGGCGGCGGAGGAGAUGCGAGGUUUGUUCUGAUCUCCAGGGGCGUGUGCAGCUUCGAGGAGAAGGUUAGGAACGCCCAGGAUGGUGGAUUUGAGGCUGCGAUCAUAUACGACGACCAGGAGAAGAGCAGUUUGUACUCCAUGGUUGGAGAUUCUGCUGGCAUACAUAUACAUGCAGUUUUUGUUUCAAAGAUGGCAGGUGAGACUUUAAAGAAGUUUGCUCGAGGUGAAAAGGGCGAAUGUUGUGUAGGAUCUUCAAUGGACGAGACUGCCGGAACCAUCCUGGUUAUCUCCUUUGUUUCUCUUGUUGUCAUAAUAAUGGUACUUGCUGCAUUUAUGUUGGCUAGAAACUGUCGGCUUCUUCGGAAUGGAGUUCAUAGUCAGCCUUCUAGUAUGAAAAGAGAAGCAGUGGAAAUGCUUCCCUGCUUCACAUUUAGAACUGCCUACAUAAAUAGCAAGCAUACAGCAGAGACUUGUGCUAUUUGCCUUGAAGAUUACAGAGAUGGGGAUUCCCUGAGAGUUCUUCCCUGUCUACAUGAUUUCCAUUUGGUGUGUGUUGAUUCCUGGUUAACGAAAUGGGGAACAUUUUGUCCGGUCUGUAAACGAGACAUGCGCUCAUGAUGAAGACUUUUGUGGGUUUAGGAUGAUUCUUCAUGAAACCUGCUCCAACCAAUAUCUUGAUGGAAAUUUGUAUUUUGGUGUCAAGAGAAGAAUAAGCACGCAUGGAGCCAAGGCACCUUGUCAUGCACGAUGCUAUCAAACAAGCAAGUGGGUGAUUGUAUUCGUCCCAACUUUUGAGCCUCGUUUUGUUUGUAUAUGUACGAGGGGAAGAAUGGGAAUGUUAUCUUUGUUUGAGAUCACUGCGCCUUUGGCAACUUGUGUUCCUGUAGUGUUUUGUGCUUCACGGAGUUGGCUUCUCUGUUAUAUGAUGGCAUUGGGCUGUCUGUAA